CCCGCCACCCUCAGCGAGGCAGCCGCAGCCUGGAAGCCUCCCCGCCGGCGCCCGAGGCACGCGCGGCACAACCAUGAACACCAACGAUGCCAAGGAAUAUCUGGCCCGUAGGGAAAUCCCUCUGCUUUUUGAGAGCCUUUUGAAUGGAUUGAUGUGUUCUAAGCCUGAAGACCCAGUAGAGUACUUGGAAAGUUGUUUACAGAAAGUAAAAGAACUUGGAGGCUGUGACAAAGUGAAAUGGGAUACAUUUGUCAGCCCUGAAAAGAAGACCUUACCUCCACUCAAUGGAGGACAGUCACGGAGAUCCUUUCUAAGAAGUGUAAUGCCUGAAAAUUCAAAUUUUCCCUAUCGGCGGUACGAUCGGCUCCCUCCAAUCCAUCAAUUCUCCAUAGAGAGUGACACGGACCUCUCCGAGACUGCAGAGUUGAUUGAGGAAUACGAGGUUUUUGAUCCUACCAGACCUCGACCAAAAAUCAUUCUUGUCAUAGGUGGUCCAGGAAGUGGAAAGGGUACUCAGAGUUUGAAAAUCGCGGAACGCUAUGGAUUCCAAUGCAUUUCUGUGGGAGAAUUAUUAAGAAAGAAGAUCCACAGUGCCAGCAGCAACAGGAAAUGGAGUCUCAUUGCCAAAAUAAUCACAACUGGAGAAUUGGCCCCACAGGAAACAACAAUUACAGAGAUAAAACAAAAAUUGAUGCAGAUACCUGAUGAAGAAGGCAUUGUUAUUGAUGGAUUUCCAAGAGACGUUGCCCAGGCUCUGUCUUUUGAGGACCAAAUCUGUACUCCCGACUUGGUGGUAUUCCUGGCUUGUGCCAAUCAGAGGCUCAAAGAGAGAUUACUGAGGCGUGCAGAGCAACAGGGGCGGCCUGAUGACAAUCUGAAAGCUACCCAAAGGAGACUGAUGAACUUCAAGCAGAAUGCUGCUCCGUUGGUCAAAUACUUCCAGGAAAAGGGGCUCAUCAUGACAUUUGAUGCUGACCGAGACGAGGAUGAGGUGUUCUAUGACAUCAGCGUGGCGGUUGACAGCAAGUUAUUUCCAAACAAAGAGGCUGCAGCAGGUUCAGGCGACGCUGAUCCUUCAAUGAUGUUGGACACUGGAGAGGUCAUUGACACAGGAUCUGACUACGAAGAUCAGGGUGAUGACCAUUCAAAUGUAUUUGUAGAGGACACCACAGGAGGUGUCACGGAAGACUUGAGGAAGUACAAAAUUAUUUUCAUGAUCGGUGGCCCGGGCUCCGGCAAAGGCACGCAGUGUAAAAAGCUGGUGGAAAAAUAUGGAUUCACCCACCUCUCGACCAGUGAACUCCUGCGCAAUGAGCUGCUGUCCGAAUCUGAGAGAAGCAGGCUGAUCAGAGACAUCAUGGAGCGCGGGGACCUGGUGCCCUCAGACAUCAUUCUGGAGCUGCUGAGGGAGGCCAUGGUGACCAGCCUCGGCCGCACCCGGGGCUUCCUGGUCGACGGUUAUCCGCGGGAAGUGAAGCAAGGCGAAGAGUUCGGGCGGAGGGUCGGAGACCCGCACUUGGUGAUCUGCAUGGACUGCUCGGCAGACACCAUGACCAGCCGCCUUCUCCAGAGAAGCCAGAGCAGCCCGGGCGCAGACAGCACCGCCACCAUCGCCAAGCGCCUGGAAGCCUAUUACCGGGCAGCCAUCCCCGUGAUUGCCUACUACGAGAAGAAAACGCGGCUGCACAAGAUCAAUGCAGAGGGGACACCAGAGGAAGUCUUUCUUCGACUCUGCACAGCUGUUGACUCUAUUUUCUGAAGACAAAGUGCAUGUAUGUUAAGGAGAGUGGAGACAGAAGAAUAUUAGAAGGCUCAUACCUUAACAGUAUGUUUCAGGUUAAACCUUUCGCGUCCCCCUGAAAUCCUGACACUGCUGUUUGCUUCCCAGCUUAACCUGUCUGAGGCGUCUGGAAACCAUGCAUGGUGCAUCCGGUAUCACCCCGCCUCUUCCCAACUCAGACCGCGGUCUGUAGUCACUGCACGCACUUUCCCAUCAUGCAGGCAGCAUCCCAGAGCUAAGGUAGAAUGAGGCCAGCAGUGCAGCGCGUCUGCCAGUGGUGCCCUCAGGACUUUAGCUAGAUGGUCUGAUCAUCUGGUUCUCCUCUCAUCAAACAGGCAGUUAGCGUCCAUAACUUCGUUAUCUUCCUUCCUCUCCCCAAGGUCUGUAUGCUCUUGCCUGAUGAAGGCCCUUCAUAUUGGGGGCGGUAGGGAAGAAACAGGCCAGGGUAUCUUUCUCUGGUAACUGUUUCCUCAAAUCUUAUCUACUAAGUAGCUCAGAGCCAGAGAUUAGGUUGACAGUAAGAGUUACUGGUUAGAAAUCUGAUUCAAUUUGAAAAUUCUUUAAAAAAACAAAAGUGAAACUGUAUAGCUUUUCCAAGACAGCUAAACCCAGACUAGUCACCAAUUAUUUCUCUACCCGCUUUUAUGAAACUAGCUACUUGGAAUAUUGUCAUAAUGGCUAAAAGAACAAACUGUGGAGAAAAUUGUCUGACCUGUUUUGUACCUGGUGGUGCAUUUGGCAAUUAUACAUCAAUACAAAUGACCAAACGUAAUUUAAAAGCCUGAGGUGGUUUAUUAUUGCAUUCACUGGACUAAUGUCAACUUAAAGAGCUUUGAUUUUAAAUGAUCACCUAUUUACUUAACAGUUGCCCAGACAAAUACAGUAACAGUAAUAAAAGUGAUGUGGGUGGGGGGAGCAUGUCAGUACACAAUGUUUAACAGAUCCUGAUGCUAUUAUUUGUUUCCCAUGGGCCUUUUGCAGGGGUUUGCAAACCUUAUCAAACCCAAAUGUGUAAUUGUUUCCUCGCAUCAAACCAGUGAAGUUUGGGUUCUCUUCUGUGCUAUCAGUUGCCAAAAUCAGAGUUUCUUAUGUAUCUACUGGAAUAACUGCAUCUUCCUCUAGUCAGUCACGAGAGACCAUAGUUUCUGUUUGCAUGAUUUUUUUUUCUUCAGUGGUUGUGCAGAUAAGAAUCCAUUUCUGGGACAAAACUGUAUUUUUAAAGUCAUCUUUUCUCUUGCAAUAAGUAUGUACAAAUAAAGUAAA